ACGAGAGGUAGUAGCUAAAAUAUUAUAGUAUUAUGGCAGUGACAGAACAAUCUCAUCACGCAUCCGUUUUCCAGAGGCAGCGAAGCAGGUGAAUUGAGGAAGCUAAACGCACGGAUUAAAACGAAUGCUUAAAGGUGUGACGGAAGCAGCGUAUCAUUGCCUGUCGACGAGGAACGAUACAAAGCUAAGGAGAGAACAAACGAGCACACGUCCUCCUCUCAAGAACUUGAUCUUGCUGAUGCUCCUUGUCACGCCACGGCUCACACAGACCGGAGUCACACAGACGAGAGUCACGGCUGAACAGGCGGAUGUGCGGGCAGCCCAUUGAACAGCUAGAGCUCCAGGGUCUAGUUUGAGGAGAAUGGUAGAGAUCAGAAGGGGGGAGUGCUAAAGAGUGUCAGACGCUGCGUUGUUCGGCCGACAACAGUGAUGGCGCAGCUCCUCCUGCUCUCUCUCCUGGUUGUCUCCAUCCAGCAAUCAUCUGGCCAGGUGGUAGUGAGCUCCUCCUCAAAUGAACCCGGCCCUGUCCCUCUGCCAGCCUCACCCGCAGAUGCACUGUCCCCUGCUGAAGUGAGCCCUGCUACACAUUCUCCACUCGACGGGAAAGAUGGUGAAGGAUUGCCUGGAGUUGAUGGCAGUGUAGGCCACAGAGCAGGGGAUGAGGCUUUUGGGGAUGAAGAGAUCUCAGAUGUGGAGGUCCCGGCAGCUCUCCCUAAGAAGGAGACACAGGUACAGGGGAAUUCCAGCAUCACUGACCUUAAGGACACCGAGGAAACAUCUCAGGAUUCAGAUGUUUCCUCCUCUCCAGCCGACCCAAAGAACAUACCCAUCAGCACCACAAUCCCCUCCCUGCUACACCCUGCCAGCUCGGUCAGUGGAAUGGGCCAAACUCAAAUUCCCUCUGCCAGCACUGUAGGGUUGCCUGUGACUGUAGACCAAAAGCGGAGCAAUGCUACACAGGAAGCUACUCCGCUCCCAUCAGCCAAUACCAGCUCAGACCACACCCGCUUUCCUAACUCCACAGUAAGGGAGGAGGUGGUGACCUCAGGCCAGGCUGGGUGGAGACCAGACAGAAAGGCAGAAGAAGAAUAUCAGCAGUUGGCUGGGUCCAAGAAUUCAACCAUCACCCUGACAACACCUGGGGAAGGACGGGCCUAUGUACAGCCACAGGGCCAGACCACAUCUGACGCUGACUCUGCCAUCGCAACCAAAGCACCUACAAGCCCAGCACCAACCCGGGUUCCUCAGCCCCUUCCUUCCACCCCCUCACCAGGCACACGGUCUCCUGGCCUCCAGAGUACCACGAACAUGGUGCCAACAAAUUCCACAAUCACGCAGCCCAUUGUCAGCAUACACAGGGCUGGAAAAGAUGAAAUGUCAGUGCACAGCACACCCAAGCUCCAGCAAGCAGGAGGUCCUACCACAACCGUGACACCAGUGACACCCUUGAGGACCACACUAAACACAACCCGCCUACAGGCAAAGACAGAGCAAACCAGCAGCCCUGCUCUGAAGAUAGGAGAGCGCCUUGAAGAGGAGUCUGUUCAGAGGAACACGUCGGGCCCAUUAGGACACCCCUCAUCCUUCGGCCCUGCGUCCACCCCGGCCCCUAGCCCCCGGGAGCCCUGCGUCUCUGGACUGGGCCCCUGCGUGGCCUGGGCGGGCCCUAACGGCACGGCUCUGCUGUGGGGGGACCUGCACCACACGCUGUCCUUCGCCUGGGAGCUGCACGUGUACGGCACGGCUGGGCUCUUCCUGCUGCUGGCGGCCGGGGCCCUGCUGGGGCUGCUGCUGUCCCCGGGGCUGCGCUGCCCCCAUCGCGGCUGUCUGGCCCUGGCCAACGGCCUGCUGCUGCUGGUGGGGGCGCUGCGGGCCGCCCACUUCUUCAUCGACCCCUACGGCUCCAGAGAGGUGCUGCCCCACCCCGGAGUGGCUGCCCUGUACAACCCCCCGCUGGCCAUGCUGGUCUGGGCGCAGGCCGCCCUGGCGCUGCUCUCUCUGCGCGGGGCCGGCCUGGUGCUGCUGCCCCCCGGGCUGCAGCGGCUCCCCCUGGUGGCCGUGCUGGCCGUGCUGCACUGCACGGUGCUGCUGGGGGCCGACCUCAUGUCCCCGGCGCUGUCCCCCGCCGUGCUGGUGGUGCUACAGACGCUCUCCCUCUCCUGGGGCCUGGGCUUGUGCCUGGGCUUCUUCUUCUACGCCUUCCCACACCUGCGCCGCCCCCCACCCCCUCCCGCUGCGGAGGAGCCCGUGUCCAGGGUCGAGGGCUGGCAGGAGGGUCAGCGGACGGGGCGGGUGCUGGGCCGCGUGCUGGCAGUAUGCGCGUGUUUGGGGGCCCUGUGCUGCGGGCUGCAUGUCCACGCCACCCUCUGGCUGUACGGCCUGCUGGGGGACUGGCGCCGCUUCAGCUGGGCCUGGUGGCUGGUGCACUUCUGGGCCCGGCUCUUGGAGCUGGCCUGGGCCUUCUCUCUGCUGCUGCUGGCCUCCUGGGUGUUCUGGAGGCCCAGGGGCCGCAGGGGGGACCCGGGCCUGGUGGAGGGGAGGAUCGGGGCGGACCUGCCUUCUUCCUCCUCAUCCUCUGCCUCCAUGCAGAGACACACCUGCUGGGCCAAGAUUGUGCAGAGCCUCCGGGGGCGCCCGUGCCGGAAGUCGGAAAGCAACGGCGUGGGAGGAGGCGGCUCGGGGGAGCUGCCCAACAACUGGGCCGGCCAGGAGCGCCCGGGGGCCGAUAUCAGCAAGAGCCUGAUCCGAAACCGCGAGCCGCCCGCUCCGUCGCGCAGCGUGAAGGACAGCAACCGCGCGCGCAACCAGAAGGCCGGGGCCAGCAGCGGCUCUGCGGGCUCCCUGCUCAGGCUGCACUCCCUGGGCCAGCCCCCGCAGCGCUCCCUCAGCUCCAGCCUGGACCGGGCCAAGGAGUGGGCCCUGGAGAAGGAGUCCGUGCUGUCCCUCAACGACUUCGACCUGCGGCCCCCCUCGCCCAUCGACCUGAGCCGCAGCAUCGACGAGGCCCUGCACAGAGAACAUUUGCUGCGUGGGGGCAGCCUUUUCAGGCCCCUGGCCCUGCCUUCCCCCCCCUCCCCAGGGCCGCGCCACCUCCCCCUGUCCUCCUGGCCCCGACGCAGCAGUGACCCCCACAUCAACCUGUCAGACAGCUCCAGCAACCUGUCUCCAAGGCACACGGGCAGGACAGAAUUAGCUGCUCCAUUAGGGGGCAGCGUGGCUAGCAGACAAGUCACUGCACCUGCCACACCCACUGACUUGAGCGGCAGGCUGGCUGCUGACAGCAGCAGCAGUGUUCCCUCCUCCGUUUCCUGCCCCACCUCUUUCCGCCCCUCCAGGACCCCUGUGCCCCUUCUCAUCACUGCCGGGGAAGACACCGAGCCUUUUAUGGCGGCGGAAGCACCAGUUCCAGAUGUGGAAAAGGGAGCUGGAAGCAGCAGCUUUCUGGAGGUUAGCCGUCAGGAGGACUCCACCAGCGUGAGCAGUGACAUCAUUGACCUUUGAACCCUCAGACUUGAUUUCAUUACGUUCCAGUCCAAAUUUGCCAGUCAGGGCAGAAAACAAUGAAAACAAAAAUACAUACAAUAUUGAAGAUCUAAUAAAUCAAAUAUCUAAGUCAAAUUAAGGCGCAUACAUGAAACAGGUUAAAAUAUCUAUGGGGCUAAUUUAUCACCCUUUGAACCUGACAUCCAGCUGCAUUCUGGCUGUAUGAACAGUGAUCAGUAGCCACAGACAGCUCACUAUUGGUCACAGGCUGUGUCUGAGUCCCAUGCCAUAGCUUCACCAUAUCACUGUCACUUAAGGGGUCACAGAUCUCAUAGACUGAAUUCAGACUCUUAAAACUCCACAAGCUACAGGAUUCCUCUAAAUAGUCAGGAAUUGGCUACAAAUAGAUUCCCUGUGCUUAAGCCAAAAGGACAUUAAUGUAUAUUUGUGGCCCGUUGAUGGAGCUAAGACCAUUCUGUAAUGUCACUUCUGAAGCCUGCAUUAUGUACAUUUUGAAUGAGCCUGCAAUGCACUCUGAACCUGAGUAUGUGAUGCUGUGUUCCUGUACUCAGCUUCUGUGGUCCUGUACAGAUCUGGCCAACACUAUGCAUAGCACUGGACAUUUUUUGCCAGCUUUACCAUGUAUGGUGCAUUCACCCACUUUAUUGUAUGCCAAACUCGGUGGAAGUGGAUAAUUUAUUUUAUUCCAUCUCAUUCCACCCUGAAACUUUUCCAAGUUUCUAAGAAAGCAGAGAAUGACAUACCACUAGAUGAAAGACAUACCACACACACACACACACACACACUCACACACUAAAGUGUAUGUGCCAUAUGUGAUGUCACUUUUGUUGGCAGUUAAGCUGUGUUAUUUUUUUUAGAUGAAAAGUGGUUGUGGUGCCAUUAUAAUUUAUGCUGGGAAUUCACAGCUGAACAUUUUUGGUACUCAAGUACUCUGGGGUCUCAAGAUUCCCCUUCAAAACACUAGGACUGCAUUGCCUUUUAGUGGCAAUACAACUGUCCCACUUAGGCAUCUGAAACAAUAGGAGGGAAAGCACACUGACCAGAGUAACACUCAGCAAGUGAAACUAUAAAACUCUCCUGUAAGUAAACCUAGAAAGAAGUGGAAACGAGUGGACCCAUUCAAAACUAGAAGCUGUGAAACAAGACAUUUGUGAAACAUUUGUGAAGCAUUCACCUUACCACAGUCUAUUCAACUUCCACCAGCUAAUGAGAAAAAUGUAUUAACUUAUUGAGGUAUACAAAGAAAAUCAAUACGGAGCAAAAUCAGCUAUAUGUCAAUACUGUAGAUUGCAGAGUAACUUCUUGUGCUGCUAAACAGUUGAAGGACUCUAUAAAACAAUUUUGAUUCUGACAAUUAUAAUCGCAUAUUAUAUAAUGUAUUGCCAAUUAAGAAGAGCAUAGGUAUUAUACUUUAUAAUGCACUACAGCCUAAAUGUUUUUAAUAGUGAAAAAAGGCAAUAAAAUGUAAGAUUAUGUAAAAAGUUUAUUUUUUACAAACUUGUAAGUAUCGAUAUGCUCUAAAAAGUACAAAACAAGUUCUGUGAAUGACAAUCUAGAGCCACUACUGCUCUCGUCCUUUCAUGUUUUAAUGGUUUUUUGUGGGAGGAGUCAGAAAAUAUUGAAGGAAAACCCGUGAUCCAUGUCUUUCAAGCAAGAUCCUGCACCUACGACUGUAAGUGAAGUGAGGAUGAUACCAGGGAAACGGGCACUUGUACAUAUUUAUCCCGGUGUAAUCAGACAUUGUCAUUGUUUGCAUUUUGUCAGACAGGCCUGCGUGUAUUAGCACAUACAAGCCACAGCCGCCCUGCUGGACCUGACUGAAAGACUCUUUUUCCCAUAGUGACUAGGUGCUCCACUAUUCCUCUUGUGAUGGAACUUGUGUGACCCUGUGGUGUGAAGUGUCAGGAUCUAUAGUGCUGUGUGAACAUGAGCCAUGGAAGUCUAUUACUGGUGAAUUUGGUUCAGUGAGUCAUUGCUGUUGUUCUGUUACCGUGGCAGCAGGGGUCGGUCUUCCAUCAGUAAUCAUAGCUAUGAAGAUUGGGACCACGCCGUUCCUUCUGUCCAGACGUGCAGUGUUGUGACGCAUCUUCUUCAUUACUCUGUGAACAUACUCUUAUUCCAUACUCCAGCGCCGUCAGAUCUUCAUUUUUUUUCUCUCCAGCUGUAUUUCUGUGCAUAUCUGAUUUCAAAUAAAUUUGUGGAAUCUGAUACUUCUGAGUGCAUUUGCAAAUCAGUGUAAGUGCAAAUGCUUACGAACGUGUAAAUAAAGUACAUUAUAAAGCUCGUUCACAA